AUGCGUCCCUCUCGCGCAUCCAUCGAGGAACCACUCCUCUCUCCAUCUCUCUCCACAUCCACCACCGACGCAGAAGACACCAAACACAUCGCCAACAACGACUACCGAUUUUUCACUCCAGCAAACGCAUACAUAGACCAUGAACACCUCUCCCCAGCAACCCAACCAGGCGUCCAAGCCAUCGAGGCAACGACGCAAGCAUGGACAAAGACUUCUCUCACAGCCGCCUACAUACUAAUCUGGCUCAUCUACUUCGUCGAGACCCUCCUAGCCAGUACCACACUCGCUCUAAUACCUUAUGUCACAUCAGCCUUCUCCAUGCACUCUCUCACUCCAACCAUUAGCAUCCUAUCCAACAUCCUCGGCGGCGUCUUCACCCUCUCGUUAGCAAAGAUUCUAGACAUCUUCGGUCGCCCCCACGGUCUCCUAUUCUGCCUCGUCCUUGGUACGUCUGGUUUAUUACUCAUGGCAAUGUGCGGAGGCGUGACAACGUAUGCGGCAGCGAUGAUUCUGCAUACCGUAGGGAAUAAUGGCGUGCAGUAUAUUCUGUCGGUUUUCAUCGCCGAUACAACAAAGUUGGAGAAUAGGGCGUUGGUCCAGGCACUCAUGAACUCGACGAGUUUGAUCACGGGAUGGGUUGCUGGGCCGUUGGCGCAGGCGUAUUUGACAACGGGGCCGGCCGGAUGGCAGUGGGCGUUUGGAAUGUUUGGUGUCUUGGUUCCGGUUGUUACGUUGCCGCUUUUUGGAUUGUUGGUGCGGAAUUGGAGCAAGGCGAAGCGUUUGGGAUUCGUGGUUGCCAGAGACACGAGGAAGGGACAAAGUGUUCUGCAGUCUGUGAAACACUAUAGUCGGCACUUCGACGUUGUUGGCUUGCUGUUGGUUUCUGCGGGUGUGGCGCUGUUCUUGCUGCCGUUCAAUUUGUAUACGUUGGCGGGGAAGGGCUGGUCGUCUCCGCUAAUCAUCAGCACGCUUGUGCUCGGCAUUAUUUUCCUGCUCGCAUUCGUGGUGUGGGAAAGAUUCUUUGCAUCGAUCUGCUUUCUCCCAUACCGACUGCUCUUGAAUCGAACAGUCUUCGGCGCAUGUCUCCUCUGCACAUGUCUCUUUGGAAGCUACGCCGUUUGGAACAGCUACUUUAGUUCCUUCCUGCAAGUGGUGCAGGGACUGAGCGUGGAGGAAGCGAGUUACGUCGCCCAGUUGUAUACGGUGGUCAGUGUAGUCGUCGCUGUCUCAGCCGGAUACCUGAUUCAUCGGACCGGCCACUUCAAAACCAUCUCGCUCGUUGUUGGCAUUCCGCUAAGUAUGCUGGGCCAGGGUCUCAUGAUAUAUUUUCGCAGCCCUGGAAAUAUUGGGUACAUCGUCAUGUGCUUCCUCCUCAUUUCCAUCUCACAGGGUGUGCUCGUUGUCACGGACGAAAUCGCCAUCCUGGCUGCCGGGUCGCACGAACAUGUCGCCGGAAUGCUCGCCAUCGUAAGCAUUUUCGGUAACAUAGGUGGUGCCAUCGGUCUGACUGUGGCGGCCUCCAUAUGGUCGGACAUCGUUCCCGAUCGACUCAAGCAAUAUCUACCUGCGGAAGACUUGCAUGACCUUCGCAAGAUUUUCGGCGAUAUGAAGACUCAGCUGUCUUACCCGGUAGGCUCCCCAACGCGUCUGGCCAUUCAGCACGCCUACGAAGACGCUAUGCUUCGGCUCUUGGCAGCUAGCACGGGUAUCUGGAUCCUUGGGGCUAUUGGCGUGUUGAUGUGGAGAAAUAUCAACGUGAAGAAUGUGCAGCAGAACAAAGGCCAUAUUUGGUAG